AUGAAGGCACAAACACUGUCUAUGAAAACCCAGUAUGCUUGGUUAAAGAGUGCUAAGCCAUUAGACUAUUCCUUUAAAGGAUUAAAAACUGUAGAUGGUGGGUCAAUAAUUUUUUUUAACGGAGAAUUAAAAAAUGAAGAAAAACCGUUAUCAACACGUGUUCAAGGUAUUCCUAGAAUAAAUAAGCGCACUAAUCGUUAUCUAACAGGAUCAUUUUGGCUGAAUAAUAACUAUUUGAUACAUGUUAAUGGAUUGAGAAAACUUGCUGAAAGACUCCUGGAAUCAGCAGACCAUUUGUCAUGGUUAGAUCUUUCAAACAACAAAUUAAUAGCUGUAAAUCCUGAAAUUUUGCUAUUUCCUAACUUAACAGUAUUGUACAUGCAUAACAAUCGGAUUUUUGACCUGGUAGAAGUUUAUAAAUUAUGCAAACUGAAGAAUUUACUUACUUUAACAUUAAGUGGAAACCCAGUAGAAGCUACAACAGACUAUAGACAAAUUGUUGUGUACAUGCUUCCAACACUACGAAAAUUAGAUAAUUCUCCUGUUUUACGUUCAGAACGCAAGCCACUAGGUAUACCAUAUAGUAAGUGUAUUCGUAACCGUUUGUUAACUGAAUAUCCAGAAGAUUUUAAAUGGAUUCCACUACCACCUGCACCGCGCCCUCCUCCACCAUCAUUGAUCACUAAUAGAAGUCCACAAAAUUCGAAUAAAAGUGUAAUAGUUAAUUUUAUUUAAAAUAAAGAGUACAUUAAAUAAAUUGUUGGAUACACAAAUUAAGUUAAAAAUAUUAUACAAUAUAAUAUUAUAUUAUAUAUAUAUAUUAUAGAUGGAUGGUGUGGUCAAGUUGAAAAUAUGGUAGUGCCUGUGGUUAAAAAAUGGUUUUAAAUUUCAAAAAUAAAAAUUUUUUUUUCUUAUUUCAGACAAAUAUUAAAAAAAAGGUAUAUUAUAGUGCAUAAUUAUACAUUUUAUUCUAAAAAAAGUAAUGCAAAAUAUUAAUUGAAUUAAAUAAUUUUUAAGAUAUCAAAACCUGACGGAACACUUGUAUAAAUAAAAUACAAUUAUAGAAU